AGUGGGAAGAUUUAUCUAGGCGGACUUCAGUAAGGUUGUGAGUGCGAGGCAAUUUAAUUAGCUUUAAAUGAUGUUAAUGUAAUAAGUGUACGUGUUUACCUAACUUGUUUUUAAAAAUAAAAAGAACGGAGUGACUGACUGUAAAGGUUUUUUUUUUAGCAUACAAUUUAAUACCACUAUGAAGUUGCUCUUUCUGGCCUGCUUGAGUAAAAAUACGGGGAACUGUACAACCGCUGAAAGAAUAAGAGAGCACAUCGAAUCAGUAGGUCACACCUGUGUUCUUCAAGAUACAGCAGAUCUCAAGUCUUCAGAAAAGGUGGCACAUUUAAUAGCAGAAGAGCCAUUCUUCCAGGCUGCACUCGCCAUUCAUCUUUAUAAAGGAGGCAGGUUCCUGCUAGACUGCCAAGCUCCAUUUGGUGUUGUGUUUGGAGGAACAGACAUUAACGAAGAUGUAAAAGACGAAACAAAACGAGCAGUCAUGGGGAAGGUGCUAAAGAAAGCAAGAAAUGGAUCAGGAUCUUUCACAAGAAUGAUGUCCAGGAAGUCAAGUGGUAGUAGAAGACAUUGGUUUGCUGUUGCGUUCACAGAAAAACUGAAAGAAGAGGCAGAAACGUACUGGCCAUCCCAAGGCAUUAAAAUCUGUGUCCAGCCCCAAGGGAUCGAAACCAAAGCUACUGAAAACUUUAAUUGGGAUGGCUUUCUGAGAAGCACAGGGGUAAACUGUGAGAAUGUAGAAGAUCUGCAUGUUUUUCUGCUGGUCUGUGGCCUAAGAAGAGUCAAGGAUCCUUUGUAUCUAGUAGAUGUAUUUUCCGAAUGGCACCAGGAAGAUCCAUCUGUAAUUCUCAUAAUCAUUGGACCAGAGAUCGAUCCCCUGUUUACAGAGGAAGUGGAGGUGAAUGUUAAAAGAGCAAAAGGGGUCUUUCUGGCAGCAGAGAGAAGGCAGCAGGAUCUGCAUGCUGCAAUGAGGAGAUCAGUUGCCGUAGUCAACAGUUCAGUCUCUGAGGGGAUGUCAGCUGCCAUUUUAGAAGCAAUGGACCUGGAAGUGCCUGUUGUGGCCAGAAACAUCCCAGGAAAUGCAGCAGUAAUAAAACACGAAGAGACAGGACUUCUCUUUUCAAACCCACAGGAGUUCGUGGACCUGUCCAGGAAGCUGCUGGCAGAGCCCUCGCUGCGUGAGAGGCUGGUGUCAAAGGCGAAGAAGUACGUGAAGGAGCACCACUGCAAGGCCAAGGAGAAGGACACCUACCGGCGACUCAUUGAGCAGCUGCACUGAAGAUCAGCCAAGCUCCCUGAGAACCUCUUCCCAUACUCCGCUUUCUUGUCCUGGCCACAGCAAGAGAACAACGGCAAAUUCCAUACUGGAAAUAAACAGUUUCACCAGUCCAGGCCAUUUGAAAAGGGGCAUUUGUCUCCUUUGUUUCAUUUGUUAUUUUAAGACAUUUUUUAGGAAUAGAUGAUAAGUUUACUGCUCUUGUAUACAAGGUUUCUUUUUUUUAGUUUUUCUAGUCUUGUACUUCAUGGGAAUGCAGUAUUGCGCUUGACCAGGUUUGGAAUGUAACUUAAUAUUUUGCUGUACUUUCAAAGCAAUGUACUGUACAUGGAGGUUUUGUUUUGUUUUUUAAGGAAGGAAGAAAAGGAACAGGCAUUGGUUUCAAAUAUAAUGAAGUGCAAUUAAAACUAAAUUUCCUUGAAUGUUUUACUUACAGAUUUACAUCAGAAUAACGGUCCGGUGCACAAAAGUGAAGCAUUUAAGAAAUCCUACUCUAGCAUUUCUUUCACAUGUUAAACUGUGUUUUGUUGGUACACUUACUGUAAAGUGUACAGUAGCAGUAUCUUGUCAUUGCAAUAUAUUCAUAGUUUGUGAUCACAAAUAAUAUGCCAUUGUUAAAUGAUUAAUGGUUAACUUUUUAUCUUUUUCGAUGCAGUCAAAUGUAUUUUGUCUUCUGAUGCCAGAUCUUUAGGAUACCUAGAAUUUUUUAAUGUGAUGUUCUUCAAUUGGUAGGUACAAGAUAUGGAACAUGCACUAGGCAACCUUUUUCUUCAGGUAAGGUUUUGGAGAUCUUACUACUGUAGUUUUUUCUAAUAUCUGUACUGAUUCAUGUUUUUGCUGUUAUUUAUUGACCUUUAUUAUUACUAAUUUAUUAUUUAGCAUAAAUAAUGUCAAUAAUAGCAUUGAAAAUGACGGGUGCGGAACCACAAUACAUUUUUUCAAUGGAGUCAAAUACCGUACUUUCUCAUUUUUAAUCUUGAAAUUUGCCACAUGACUUAUUGUAAACGGCGCUAUUGCAGACACUUCAACCGAUUGUGUACUUGUUUAAUUUCGGCAGAUGAUUAAAAGCUUUCAUCUGUCAUUGUUUCUAAUUCAUUCAUCUGGAGAAAAAACAAUGGCAGCUGCACAGCCUUAAAAAAAUCCUGCAAUUUCAUAUUCCAAACCAUGGCAUUAAAAGGACUGGCUUAUUGACAAGUUACAAUACCAGCUCUAGCAACUAUGGAUCUUGCAACAGAGCAAAGAAAAAAGCCAGGCUAAUCCUUUUAACCUCCGAAUAAUCCAAGGCCCCCAAAACAGCAAAGCAUUGCUAAAUCUGUGCAUUUGAUUCCCUAGAAUUGUUGGGCCUGUUCUGGGUAAUGCCCUGUGUCAUUAUGUCAGUGUUACAACAAGGAGCUUGCUAUCCUGAAGUCUCCACUCAGCAGUCAAGUUACUUCAUGGUCCACUUCCAUUAACCUUUCUUAUUUUUGAUUACAUCUGGAUUCAUUUUUGUCAUAGCAUACAGCAGGUAUUUUCUGCACUAUGUCCACUUAUAAAACCACCCGACAUUGUAAAAGUCAUUAGAAAAAUUGUCGUGGGACUUUAAGGUUUUUCCAUUACCUGCAUCUACAAGACAAGAGUACUGUUGCAUACCAAAUCUCAGAGUGCCAUACAGCAGUGAAGCUUUGAGAAAUUUUAUUCCCUGGUAUUGCCUUACCUCCAUAUCUAAGUGGGAUCUGGGAACACCAGCUUGAAACAGGAGAUGUUGGAGGUACAGUAGGUUUUUCCCAGAGGUACUCUAUUAAAAAUAAAGAAAAAAUGAACAAGAACACAAAAUAAAUCGGCCCAGCUAUAUACCUUAGAGUACAAUUUACAUAAAUGAUAAAAUAUGUGCAUUUAUUUAAUACUUUUAUGUUGUGAAUAACAAUAUAUGUCUUGUCUUGAACACCUAUGUAAAUAAAUAAUUUUGUGCUUAUUAUUUA